GCCACCGCCGCCGCAUCCCGCUCUCCGCCAGCCCCGCGAUGAACCCACGGCUGCGGCACUGGCGGGAGGCGGCCACGCUGCUGUUGGCGGCGGCGCGGCCGGGGCGCUCCGCGCUCGGUCCCUGCGACUACGAGGUGCUGCUGCUGCAGCGGAGCUCCCGCAGCGGCUUCGCGCCCGGCGCACACGUCUUCCCGGGCGGUCUGGUGGAGGCGGCGGACUUCUCGGCGGCCUGGUUGGGGCUGCUGCCCGCCUCGCCGCUCUGCGGGCUGGGCUUCGUGAAGCCGCCGCCGGCGGGCAGCUGCCGGGCGCCGAUCUUCGCCACCGACCGGCGGCAGCUGGGCUCGCCGCUGCCCGGGGAAGUCGCCUUCCGUAUCUGCGCCAUCCGGGAGACUUUCGAGGAGGCGGGGAUCCUGUUGCUGGUGCCCGGGAGCGGGCCGGGGGAGGGCGGCAGGGCCGGGCCGCUGCCCACGGAGAGCCUGCUGCCGGCCGCCGAGCUGGGCGAGUGGCGGCGCCGGGUGCGGGAGGAUGCUGGCUGCUUCCUGCAGCUCUGCCGGCACCUGGGCUGCGUGCCCAACAUCUGGGCGCUGCACGAGUGGAGCAACUGGCUCACCCCAGUCGGCAGGGCCGGCCCCGGUGGCCACCGCUACGACACGGCCUUCUACCUGUGCUGCCUGGCCGAACGGCCACCGCACGCCUCGGAGGACGAGCGGGAGGUGACGGCCUGCCUGUGGUCAUCACCUCCAGAAGCCAUUGAACUCUUUAAAUCUCAAGAAAUAUUGCUUGCUCCCCCUCAGUUCUAUGAAUUGUGUAGACUGUGCAACUUCUCUUCACUUCAUGAAUUACACAAGUUCAGCUCUGAUCGAGCUCUAGAGGGAUGUGAAUGUUGGAUGCCUAUAAUGUUAACUGCUUCAGAUGGCUUCAUUCAGCUGUUACCAGGAGAUGAAUUAUACCCAGAAGAUCCAGAUUAUACAGGGGAAACAAAAAUAGUCAUGUCAACAGAUAAGAAGGUUGAAGAUCUCAUGAAAGAGGGUAGUACGUUUCACAGGAUAGUAAUAAAAAACAUAAACAGUCUUGCUGUCUAUGUUAACAUUCAGGCAAAAUAUAAACAUAUGAAUCCAUUGAUGAUAAACACAGAUAAUUCAGGCUACAAUAGUAGAUUAUAAUAUUUUUGGUUUUAAGCUAGAAUAUAUUUAACUACGUACAUAUUCACUGUUAUUAACAGUUGCCAAGUAGUUAGGACAAGAGACUUAAAUAUUCCAUUGCCCUGCCACAGCAUUUCACAUGGCUGUGGUUUUGAGAUUUAUGUGUACUUCGAUCUUUGAGUCUUUGAAACUUCAAAGUUGUGUCAGGUAUGGUGUAAAGAAGCUACUGAAAAUUUAACACAACUAUCAACUUAAUUAACUGAAUAAACUUUAAAGUGAUUUGACAGUGAUUAUACUGAACAAUUAGCAUCUUAUUCUACUUACAUAGUAAUAAUGGAAUAUGCUGUAAUGCUGUUCUGUUCAGUCACACAGGUCCUUUUCUCACUGAAAAUUAAAGUACAUCUUAUGUUCAGAACAAGUAUGUUCUGAGUUCAAAAAUUCUUUUACUAUGCUUACAAAGUUAGCUGUUUGGCAACUGUAAUCCGUGUCUAGAAAUGAAAGAAAUGCAUUCAAUUUCUGUUAAAAUAUUCCAGUCUAUCUUAUUUUAAUUCAAAACCAAUGUAUAUGUGUAUAUAUAGAUGUUACCUAACAUUCACUUAUUACAAAGAAUAUUUAUAUUUGAUAAAGCUAAGUUGUUUCUAUUAAUGGUAACUUCUUAAAAACUUUACAGUUUUCAAAGGUAGUUGUGAUACUUUUAUUCAUGACAUUUUUUUUUACCUUCAAGUUGAUAGGAAUUUAAAAAGAAAAAAUGAAUUGUUCAGCUCCAAAGAGAUGCCACCAACUUCAGAAAAUAAAAUACUGCCUUGGAAAUGCCUAAUUCCACAAUUCAGUAUUCCACAUUUUGCUUCUUAAGUUUUUUACCUAACGUAUCUUUGAGAUUUAAAGACUUAAGAGAAGGGACUGCUACUUUAUUUUUUUGGGUCUUUUUAUUUUGUGGGUGGUGCAGUAAGUCGAGUAUAUGGAGCUGUGAUGUGGUAUCUUCUUUAUCUGGAAGAAUAAGAAUGAAUGAUGACUUGAAAUUAUCCAGUAAAGCUGUUCUGAAAGCUGUGUUUCAACUUCUGUUCUGAACUUUAAUUCAAAUAAAAUUGUCUGCAAUAUUUUCACUAAGUUGAA